AUGCAGCAGAUCCUCGAGGCGCGUGGCGGCGCGGGGUGCUCGAACAUGCUGCGCGGGUACCUCAUGGCGACGCUCUUCUACGAGCCGUCCACGCGCACGCGGCUGUCGUUCGAAUCCGCCAUGAAGCGGCUCGGCGGCGAGGUGCUCACCACGGAGAACGCGCGCGAAUUCUCGUCCGCUGCAAAGGGCGAGAGCCUUGUGGACUCCAUUCGCACGGUGGAGGCGUACGCGGACGUGAUCGUGCUGCGGCACUACGAGGAGGGCGCGGCGAAGCUGGCGUCGCAAGUGGCGUCCGUGCCCAUCGUCAACGCGGGGGACGGGCCCGGCCAGCACCCCACGCAGGGCUUGCACCUGUGGGGUUUCGGGCUUGCCGGCCCUGCUGGACAUGUUCGCGAUUCAGUGUCGCUGCUGGACAUGUACACGAUUCAGCGCGAGGUGGGGCGGCUGGACAACAUCCGGGUGGGGCUGGUGGGCGUCCUGGCCAACGGCAGGACGGCACGCUCCCUCGCCUACCUGCUCGCCAAGUUCCGCAACAAGAUCAUCUUCGUCGCUCCGCCCGUCGUCCGCAUGAAGGAUGACAUCAAGGAGUAUCUGACGGCGCGGGGUGUGGAGUGGGAGGAGUCGGCAGACCUGAUGGACGUGGCGGCGCAGUGCGACGUGGUGUACCAGACGCGCAUUCAGAAGGAGCGGUUCGGAGGGCGCAUGGACGAGUACGAGGCGGCGCUCGGCAAGUACAUUGUGGACCGCCGCGUGAUGAAUGCGCUGGGGAAGGAUGCCAUUGUCAUGCAUCCGCUGCCCCGACUCGAUGAGGUGAGCGGUGAAGGGGAAACAGUGAAGGUAAAAGCAGUGAAGGGGAAGCAGUGA